AUGGAGACACUUUUUUCUUUGUUGCAAAACAUGCUUAUCGCUAUGAUCAGUCUCCAGCGACAGCCCCAUCGGACGAAGACAACGACGGAGUUUUUGACGAAACUUGGCUUCGAUCGUGUGGUGGUGCAUGCUGCUAUAGACGGGCAGGAGCUGCUUGCACACGGUGGCAGAUGCCGUCUGCUGAAAGGAACCUGGAGGCUGUCACAUGAUGAGGUGGUCGAUGGCGUGCGCACGAGAAUCACGAGACACCUGCGAGCCUCUAAACUGUCCACGCAAGGCGGCACGGAGGUUUGGUCACAAUAUGGCUGUGCUCGUAGCCAUCUCGCUGUUCUUGAACAGGUCAAGAGCAAAAUUCUUGAAGAACCCUUCGUGCUAGUUGUUGAGGAUGACCUAGCGCUAGGCCCUGGAGUGACUGAUUCCAACCACUUCCUCUCCCAACUCAGCAGCAAUCUUUGCACUCUUGCCGAUGUUUACCCUCAGUGGAGUUGUGUUCUUCUUGGGGGCAAUGCAGUAUUCAGCCACAACGGUAUCAAUUGUCCAUCAAGUAUCCCUGCAUUUCGUUGUGGAGACGACGUGAUGCAAGCUCAUGCCUACCUCUGGCGACAGACCCAUGAAACGAAUGCUAUUCUUGACCAUGUUGUGAAGCUGCUGAAAAAGGGGUUCAUGAGCGACAAUGCCUUGGCAUUGACCAUGAAGCAGUUUCCUGGUCGUUUCUUUGUCUUUGAUCCCGCGCUCAUUGUUCAAGACCCGUCAGUCCGAUCAAACUUACAGCUGGUCUCCAAGAAGGGAGGCCAGUCCGGAUACAAUCAGGACCUGUGCCUCGGUGGGCAUCCAGCUGCAUUCAGGCUGGCGGCAGUUGUAGAAGGAGGGCGUGAGACUAUUGGCUGUGCAUUGGAAGAGCUUCAUGUGAACCUCAGUGACAGCGCUGAUGAUGGAGAAUAG